CCGACACAGAAGAUUGUUUGUGUUAAAAUAUUUGAAGGUCGACGAUGGAGGUAUGUCCCUCGAUUUCAGUGUUCGAUUCUCUGUAUGAUGUUCUGAACCCAGACCAAUUCCUUCUGUAUUAGUGUUCGUCAAACUCAUUUAUGAAUGUUCCAAACAAUUUGGCUUUAGGAAAACUUAAUUUCUGAUGCGGUUAAGUGAGGGCUGCAAAUAAUUCAUAUACGGUUCUGCCUCGUGAUGAUAGGAGAUAAUUUGAACACAGGCUAUGUUAGCAACUGAACAUUUUGCCUUUUUUUUGUUUGUGGAGCAUUUAGAGAGAGACGCCAUGGUUUCUUCCAACGGACAAGCUACUACACAACCACGUUUUUCUUUUGGAUUGAUUUCUGAUGUUCAAUAUGCGGAUAUUUCUGAUGGUCGCUCAUUCCAUGGUGUUCCACGGUAUUAUAGGCACAGUAUUCUAGUGUUGCAGAGAGCGGUUAAAGAAUGGAAUACUCAUCAGAAGCAUAUGUUUGUGCUUAAUUUUGGAGAUAUUGUUGAUGGGUUUUGCCCCAAAGAUCAAUCUCUUGGUGCUGUACAGAAAGUUGUGGACGAAUUUGAGAAGUUCAAGGGGGGACCUGUGUAUCAUAUGAUUGGAAAUCACUGCCUAUACAAUCUCCCUCGCAGCCAGCUGCUUCCGUUAUUGAAGAUCCAAAGUCUUGAUGGCCGUGCAUACUAUGAUUUUUCACCGGUGCCUGAAUAUAGAUUUGUAGUUCUGGAUGCCUAUGACAUCAGUGCCAUUGGUUGGCCACAAGAUCAUCCCAAAACAUUGGAAGCCAUGAAAAUCCUUGGGGAAAUGAAUCCAAAUGAAGAUAAGAACAGUCCAGAUAAUUUGGAGGGGCCUGAAAGAAGGUUUGUGAUGUUUAAUGGAGGUCUUGGAAAGGAACAGAUAGAAUGGUUAGAUGGUGUUCUCCUGGAUGCGACAAUAUUGAAUCAGAAGGUGAUUGUCUGUUGCCAUUUGCCUCUAGAUCCUGGUGCGGCAAGUAAAGCAACACUGUUGUGGAAUUAUGAUGAAGUAAUGAAUGUGAUACACAGAUAUAAUUGCGUUAAGGCCUGUCUUGCAGGGCAUGAUCAUAAAGGUGGAUACUCCAUUGAUUCUCAUGGGAUACACCACAGAGUUUUUGAAGCUGCUUUGGAAUGUCCUCCUGCUACCAAUGCAUUUGGAUACAUUGAUGUCUACGACGACAGGCUAUCACUAAUCGGAACUGACAGAAUGGAAAGUACAGACAUGCAUUUUAGCCCCUCAAGUUAAUUUCUAUGACAGGAUUGGUUUCUAUUCAUAAAUAAUGCCUAUUAUCUUUUAUUAAUAAUUGAUAAAAUUAUUAAAACUAAAA